GUUCCUUAAAAGAGGUCUGCAGAGACAUCCAAAAGAUCAUAAACUUCUGUUAGAGAGGGAAAGAGACAGGGAGAAAGAGAUGGGUAGGGCUCCUUGUUGUGACAAGGCAAACGUGAAGAAGGGGCCUUGGUCACCAGAAGAAGACACGAAGUUGAAGGAGUACAUAGAGAAAUAUGGAACUGGUGGGAAUUGGAUUGCUCUUCCACAGAAAGCUGGUUUAAAGAGAUGUGGGAAGAGUUGCAGACUAAGAUGGCUUAACUAUCUCAGGCCUAACAUUAAACAUGGCGAAUUCACUGAUGAGGAAGAUAGGAUCAUCUACAGCCUCUUUGCCAGCAUUGGGAGCAGAUGGUCAAUAAUAGCUGCUCAGCUUCCAGGCAGGACUGACAAUGAUAUCAAGAACCAUUGGAAUACCAAGCUGAAGAAGCAGCUUAUCGCCAUGAAUACUCCUUCAUCACAAAGAAAAUCACUAACUUUCCCAUCUUCUCAUCAUCAAAAUUUGCCCAUAUCAUCAUCUCAAUGUUUACAAUCAUCACUCAACAACAACGACUCAUGGUCUUCUUAUUACACCCCCACCAAAUCUUUCGCCGGUUUUGAUUCUUUUGAAUCAAUCUCAUCCACCAUACCAUCCCAUCUUUUCAACAACACCAGUAAUUCCACUUCUUUAGCCACACAGUUUCAUAUCCAAGAAGGUGUGGUUAGCUGCACUCAGUACUGUCCAAUGAAAGAAAAUUUCCUCGUGUUCGGUAGUGAAACAAGUUGCAGUUCUUCCGAUGGAAGCUGCUGUCAGCUCAGCUAUGGGAGGGAGAUUAAACAAGAAGAUCAUCUGAGUUUUCACGGUUAUCUCUCUAACGGGGAGUUUGAGGAAAACAACCACAAAUUUAUGCUUAGUAAUUAUGGCAACAAUGAAAACCAGUGGGCGGCUGCUGAGAAACCAAAUGGGUAUUUUGGAGAAAUUCCAUCCUCACUGAACUACAGUAUUGAAGAUGUUAAGCAACUGAUUAGCAACAACGACAACAAUAAUAACUUCAGCUUCAACUUGUUCAAUACCAGUAGUGGUGAUGAAAGUGCUAAGAAGGUGAUGAUGCAACGCUAUUACAACUACUGAUGGAGUGAGUGUAAGUAAAAUCAGAGAAAGAUUUGAUGGGAUGAGGUGAGGUCUGGCGUAAGGUGGUGAUGGUGAUAAGAGAUUCAGAGAUGAAAAGAUGUCGUUUCAGUUUCUGGGGUUCUGUGUCUGUUUUUUAUUUGUAUGAUGAAGCGAAUUGAAACAUUUUCUUUUGACAGUACCUGGUCAAGCUUCUUUUUAUUUUGUGCACAUUUCUUUUUGGGAAUGGGAGAUUGAUGAUGAUGUUAGGGUUUGUACUGUUUUCUCUCAUUCAGUCUGUCUGUAUAUCACUGUAGUCCCCAAUCAGAUUAUAAUUGAUUAU